AUUAGAGUUCCCUCCACCACUGGAUAACAUAAUAUAUUGCUGUUGACCACCACACCACACAACAUCCUUCGUUCCAUUCCACUCACUAGCCACAAACAAAACCAAUUCCAUUUUAUCCAUUCCAACUUCCCAACCCAACCAACAACAACCAUAACACAAGACAGUGUCAGCGCGCACGCAUACAUGGCCAUCACAGGCAACCUCAACCUCAACCUAGUACUCCCCGUGGCACGCCCCAUGGCGUGCCCCCCACGCGCCCCAACGUCCCUCCUCGCUCGUGGCCGUGGCGCGUCGUCGUCACCUUCGCUCCUGGUCACGCGCGCCAUCGACGUGAACGAGUUCCUGGGGGACUUCGGGGCGCGGGACCCUUUCCCCGCGGAGCUUGAGAGUUCCUUCGGGGAGAAAGUGCUGGGAUACAGCAACACCGAGCACAAAAUCCUCAUCCCCACCAUCACUGCUCUCGCCCUCUCGCAGCAGGAGUGUGCUCCCGUUUCCCCUUCGCAGCCCCCCAUCUCGCUGGAUGACGCCCAGACGCUCAUUAGAAAGGUUGUGGGUUGGAGACUUGUGAAUGAGGAAGGUGGACUUAAAAUUCAAUGCUUGUGGAAGUUAAGAGAUUUUAAAUGUGGGGUUGAACUCAUUAACAGGAUCUCUAAGGUUGUUGAGGCUUUGGGCCAUUUCCCAAAUAUCUACUUGGAGCAACCAAAUCAAGUCAGAGCAGAACUAUGGACAGCUUCCAUUGGAGGUUUAACUAUGAAUGAUUUUAUUGUUGCUGCAAAGAUAGAUGAGAUAAAGACAUCAGAUCUUGUCCCAAGGAAAAGGGUUUGGGCGUAAUGCCCUCACGAACUCCAUAAAACAUUUUGCCACUUGAUUUUCUUCAACAUUGAAUUACCACUAGUUUGUGUUAUUUGAUUAAAUCUGUUAUUCUUUACUUUCAUUUUUUAGUGUUUCACUCCCCAUGCCUGUGUACAUGUGUCAUAUCUAUUCUUGUUUCGUAAGUGUAACAACUUUCAGCAUCCUAAAACUAUAUUCGAAAGUCUAAACCAGCCAUUUUUAUAA